UCACAGCAUUAUUGCAAAUGAUAUUCAGCCCUGUUCAUCCAACAGAUCUGAAGAGUAUUCAGUUUAGAUUCUUCAGAAGAUGAGCAGAAUAUAAAUCAAACUCCACCACACUUUGUUCUCAUUUCAUACGGUGCUGACAAAGUGACAAAUUCUCACGUGGCACUCAUGUGUUUUAUGCAUCUGCCAGUCAUAUCUGAUUACACUGAGUUUUUGAGUCACAAUUUGAAUCUUUUUUAGGACUGGAAGUGACUCGGAAAGAGUCAGGUGAAAGCUUAAAGGAAAUCUAAUACGAGUAAGUUAAAAAAGGAAGAAUUUCUUUAAUUAUAUUCCAGCUGGCUUGUCUAUCUGUUGCCAGGGACACAUGCAAAUCUGACCUUUGUGAGCGGACUGAGCACUAGUGAGCACUUUACAGUGGGAAGACAGCCAGAUCGUGUCUAUUCUGGGCAAACUGGGCACACAUACAAAGAGCUAAGAUGAUCCAAAUGGAGGGUCGGAUUCUUCACUAAAUUCUGUUAGGUGACCUCAAACUCAUUGUCCUGGCUCAUUAUCACUUAUCGUCUAUUUGAUGUUAAAUAAAGAGGUUUUUUACUCUGAAAUUCAUUACAAUGUGACUGUAAGUUCCUCUAAUGACGCACAAAGGAAUAACUGAGGAACAAGCAACCGUCAGUGAAUCACCACUGCUUAUUCAUUAUGAAGAAAUUUCACUUCUGGAGGAAGAGUUUAUAGUAGAGUUUAUAGUGAUUAUGUAUAGUUGCUAACUCUCACUUUAUCUGAAGAUUGAUUUGAAACAGUCUUCAGCUAGUGAAACCUUUCAAACAUAUGCUGGAAUAUACUUUUUUUUUGUGCGCCUUGAAACAAGUCCUGAAAUGUAUACUGUUAUAAAAUUGAGUACAUCUUUUGUUUUACAGCCUCAGUUGUUUAUAAAACCAUUCAAAUCGCUCUGGCUGAGCCCGGUCAGAACCUGACAGACUCAAAAGUGGCUCUUUUAGUCGCUUUUGACAAACGGCCAAGACAGAGAGAGAGAGAGAGAGAGAGAGAGAGAGGGAGAGAGGGAGAGAGGGAGAGAGGGAGAGAGAGGGGAGAUCCCUUAUUGCUCUUUCUAGGUUUUCUAGGUCAAGAAAAUGUUGUUAGAAAUAACAUACAGCUAAUAAUAUUUUAAAUUAUACAAGUGCAAAAAUUUGGGGUCAGUAAGAUUUGUAAGUGUUUCGAAGAAGUUUUUUUUGCUCACCGAGCUGCAUUCAUAUGAGCAAAAAUACAAUAAAACCGUAAUAUUGCGAAAUAUUAUUACAAUGAAAAAAAAAAAGUUUUUUCUCUGUGAAUAUAUUUUCAAAUGUAAUAUAAUUCAAAGCUGAGUAUUCAGCGUCAUUCCUCCAGUCUUCAGUGUCACAUGAUCUUCAGAAAUCACUCUAAUAUGAUGAUUUACUGCUCAAGGAAUAUGAUUAUUAUUUUAAAAACUGUUGUGCUGCUUCAUCUUUUUUUUUUUUUUGUGGAUUCAUUUGUAAAUAUUUUUACUAUUUUUACAUAGUAUAGUAUUACAUUAACUAUUACUUACCCCAAAUCUUUGAAUGCUUGUAAAGUUAUAAUAAUGAUCACAAUAAUUAGGAAUAAUUACAAUGAAACACUAAAACAUAAAUUCUAAACAUAAAUAAAUUAAAUAGUAGUAGCUUAAUACUGAAUGUCUUUAAUGAAUGCAAAUAAAUCAUUUUUUAUCUGGUCCCGUACGCUCUGCCAACAUGCAUCUGUGCUGAUUGUGACAGAUAGGUUGUUCCUGCAUGUCCCAGCUGCCCAAAAGUUAUUUUCAUUUUCCGCUGGACCGACGUGAAAGAGGAUAUUUGAGUUUCCCGGAACUGACACACUGUCUGUUUCCAUGGUGAUUAAAACAACAUUUGGCCAUUUGAGGUAUGAAGUGCUGCGUAUGGCAUAUCCUUACCACUCAUUCCUACCACAUACACUCUUGGUAAUUGGUAAUUGCUGUAGUCUUUAAGAAGUAUCUGUUCAGUUUUUCCAGAAGGCAUUAGAGACAAUCAGUGCAACUCUACCCCUCUCACUUUCUGCUCUCCGUAUCUGCAUCUGUCUGUGUCUAUCCCUGCCUUACUGUCGCUCUCAAAUCACACACCACGUUCUUGGUUCCUUCGAAAGGUUAGCAGUAAAUCAGUUCUUUAUUUAGCAGACCUUCUCAUAGGACACUCAAAUUCAGCAGCUAUAUUGAGAUUGAGAUAUAUAGAGCUCCAGAUGAAUCCGUUCUUUCAGUCGGUUGCGUCAUGUCACUGUUCUGCUGGCAGGGCUUGUAAAAACGUGCUCAGUCUAAUGCUGUGUGUGAGCAGUAUUUUAACAUCUUUAAACACCGUGAUUAAAGAUGUAUGGAAAUAUACAAAUGUGUCAUUAUGUAAAACAUUAACCAGCUGCCCAUUAGUUUAAAAUAAGCGAAGCUGUAGCAUGUGUAUUGUGUUUGCAUUUACAAUAUCAUUAAUAAUGGACGUGACAUGCUUUUUCCCCCAUUGGAGUCCCUGCUGUCUCAUGCUCUCUUCCUGUGCUGUAUCCGCACUGUGAUUCAUCAACUGAGUCAGUUAUGCAUAUUCAAAUGUCCAUGUCAACUUUUAUAUCUCAUUUCCAAAGAACGUUUUGAGGAAUUCAAGUGUCUGUAGGGCAAAAGGAGUGUCCCGUCGCAUGAAUGAAGUGUGUAAACCUUGCUUGCCUGAGGUGGGUGUUAUUAACCAUAUAUUUCACCUAUUGGAUGACAUACAUGAAAGGUGUCUCCUUUUCUCUAACUUAGUUUCUCAUUGACUAAUCUAUUCUCUCUCUCCUUGUGAGAUGGUCUAACACACCCGGAGGUGUGUAACUUGUGCUUUGCACAACUGUGGGUGGUUCCUCCUAGCCCUUUCUGUGCAUAUGCCUGUGAGACAUAGGUGUCCUAAACAGGCACAUUUUUUCUCUAUUCUUAGAGUUAUAUUUUUGCUCACUACACUUUUGCUGAUUAUCUUUGCAACUGUUUGCUUCACAACUGUUGAGAGUCUGCCGACCGUGCAGUUUGAUUCUAAAAGUUUCUUCCUUGCUUGACUGGGGUGGGAGGGGCUGGCUAGUCAUAGUACUCUCCCUCUUUCUCUCUUUUACACACACCCCCUCUCAUUGCAGCUCUGCCAGUCCGGACUAUGCUCACUUCCAGGGAAGGCUGAGUAAAGGAGAGCACAGUUUUCCUUUUCUGAGUUUUUCCUUUGCCUCUGAGAAAGUUUGAGAAGAAAGAAGAAACUCUUUUGAUUAGGAGGGAAGUUAUCUAAACAACAGAAUACAAACGCAGAAUAGCAGGUCGUAUUUAUUUUUAGCGUAUUUUUGAUUGAAUUGGUAGCACGUGGCAGCAGGCUCUGCCACAGGACUGAGGUCAUUCAGUGAUUUGUUCUUCUCUGGAAAAGCUGUUUCUGUUUAUUCAGAAGCUGCACGACUAAGAAAGCACAAUGGUUGCUGGAAUGGUAAUGCCCCUGGACAACCUGAAGGCCAUCUAUGAGCAUCUGUUUCGGGAUGGCGUCAUGGUGGCCAAGAAAGACAAGCGGCCUCAGACCAAGCACCCUGAGAUUCCUGGCGUGGAUAACCUGCAGGUAAUAAGAGCCAUGGGCUCGCUGAAGUCCAGGGGAUAUGUGAGGGAGACCUUUGCAUGGAAGCAUUAUUACUGGUACCUCACUAACGAAGGAAUUGUCUACUUGCGUGAUUACCUGCAUUUGCCUCCGGAGAUCAUUCCCACGCCGCUGCAGAGAGUACAACGGCCAGCUGCAACUCUGGCCAUCGCCCGCAGGGCAGAACGGGUUCAAACGGUUCAGGGUCCAACAUCUUAUGUUCCCAAACCCGGCAAGGUGGGUGCAGAAAAGCAAGAGGCUUUGCUGGAUCGACAGGAGUAUCGUCGCAAAAUGGCGAGCAUGGAUGAUGCUGAAAUUACUGAAUCCAAUGAGAGAACACCAAGAUUUAGAGGUCGUCCAAUGGCUGGUGCUCAGAUCAGACCCAGGGAAUCCAAAGAGCAGCCCAUGCUUUCUGAUACUCGUGAUUACACAAAAGAGAUGGAUACAAGUGUUAGGAGGAAGGUUGCUAUGCAUUUGGUCUCCCAAAUGCCUUCUAUAGAAACACACCAUGCCAAGCCAGUUAAACAGGAAAAGAUGGUGGAGCUCAAGGAAUGCACCAAGAUGGCGUUUGUUCAGAAAACACAAAAGGUUAAUGUGAGCCAAGAUGUGCCAACCAUUUCUUCUAACGUGGGUGCAACAGCAGCGGAAUCCUCUUUGUUUUCUGUCCAUACUGAAGCAGUCAAAGAAAAGCCCAAAGAAGAAGUGUCAAUCAAGGUCUCACGUGAAACAACAUACACAGCAGCUGGAGAUGGCAAAAUGGCUAAGGAUGCUCGUCAUUCAAUUCCCUCAAAACCGAAGGUGGAGAAAGCACAAAAAAAUAUUGUGCAAAAUGUGCCUGCCGUUUCAUCAGCAGUGGAAACAUCUUUAUUUUUGGUCCAUACUGAAGCAGUCAAAGAACAGCCCAAAGAAGAGAUAUUGGUCAAUGUCUUCCAGCAAACCACAUCCUCUGAAACAGUUAAAGAUGCUCCUCAACCCACUGCCUCAAAACUGAAGGUGGAGAAGACACAGAGAACUACUGUGGCCAAAAAUGUGCAGGAGGUUUCAUCAACAGUUGAGGCAACGUCAGGCAAAUACUCAGUUUCAACUGGUCCCACUGAAGCAGCAAAAGAAAAGCCUAAGGAAGAUGUGUGUAUGAAAGUCUCUCAAAUCACAUCCAAAACAGAUAAGGAUAACAAACCAGAUAAGGAUGCUUCUCAUCCUAUUCCAUUGCAACUAAAAGUGGACAAAACGCAGAAAACCACAAAGACAAAAAAUGUGCAGGAUAUACCAACUGUUUCAUCAAAUGUGGAGGUAACAGCAGUGAAGUCCACUAUAUUUCCUGUCACUGCUAGAGCAGCUGAAGAAAAGCCCAAGGAAAAAGUGGAAGCCACACCCAAAGGUGAUAGCAAAAUAGAUAAGGAUCCUACCUGUUUUACUUUGUCAAAAUCAAAGGUGGAGAAAACGCAGCAAGCACCUGUGACCAAAAAUGUGCAGGAUGUGGUAACCAUUUCAUCAGGAGUGGAGAAAAGUACAGUGAAAAUCUCUGUCUCUUCUAAAGUAGUCCAAGAAAAGCCCAAGGAAGAAAUGUGUGUCAGUGUCUUUCAGGAAACCACACCCAUAGGUGAUGGCAAAAUAGACAAGGAUCCUUCUCAUCUCACUGCAUCAAAACCAAAAGCAGAGAAAACACAGAAAACCAAAAAGACCAAAAAUGUCUCUCAGGAAAUUGUAUUCACAGUAACUGAUGAUAGUCAAAUUGCCAAGGGUGCUCCUCAUUCUACUCUAUCAAAACCAAAGGUGGAGGAAACCCAGAAAGCUAAAAAUAUACAGGAUGUGGCAGCAGCUUCGUCAACAGAAGAGACAACAGCAGUGAAAUGCUCUGCAGUUUCAGUCUCUACCGAAGCAGUCAAAGAAAAGCCAGAGGAAAAAGUGGGUGUCAGUGUCUCUCAAAAAACCACACCCAAAGGUGAUAGUGAAGAGGGUAAGGAUGCUCCUCAUCCAUCAAAACCAAAAGCGGAAAAAAUGCAAAAAAACACUAAGACCAAAAGUGUGCAGGAUAUACCAACUGUUUUAUCAACAGCAGUGCAAUCCUCUGCAGUUUCUGUCCCUACUGAAGCAGUCAAAGAAAAGAUGCAUAAGGAUGCUCCUCAUCCUUCUCCAUCAAAACUAAAAGUGGAGAAAGCACAGAAAACCAUGCUGACCAAAAAAGUGCAAGAACAACCAAUUAAGACAGAUGUUACAAACCAGACCCCCAUUGCACCAGAUGAUGUGCCUGCUGUUUAUGUCGAUGAGACAAAGUCAACUACCUCCAUUAUCACUCAGGUGCCUAUCAAAUCUCUAGAAUCAGCAGCACCCCCUCUGCCCAAGAAAGAAGAUUUGUCAAAACACAUUGCUGAAAAGAAAUCACAGAUUAAUCUGCCACUGCAGGUCUCUGUAGAGAAGACAGCAGUGCCGCCCACAACAUCUGGCACAGCUCAAAUGAUUGACAAACAACAGAAAGCACUUGGUUCCCAAAAAACAAAGGAUGUCCAAGAAGCACCUAAAGAUGACAACACUCGUCCUUUGAAAGUCUGUGAAAAGGUGGAGAUUCCUCGUGCCAUUUCUACAGCUGAGGUCAAGGUAGAGGUUAAAAGUCACAAGCCUGAUCUCUGCCCUGAAUCUCAGCCCCCAUCUACAGCUGCUGAAGUAAAGAUUACUACAGCUGACUCCAGCAAGACUUCAGAAGUCCUUGCGCAGACGCCUAAGAAAUUGGAAUCUGAUACAGAUUCUGUUCAACAAAAGCCAUCACAUGCAAAACUGACUGAGGAACCUGUAGUCACUACAGCUGCAAAAGACAUAGAUACAGAGGAUGCCUCAAAGCCUUCGAAAGGAAAGAAGAAAAAGCAGAAAUCUACAAAAAAAUCUUCAGAUGCAAAACAAGUCCCACCACCUAUAGUUGAGACAAAGGUGAAAGAGCUAAAGAAUGCCGGUCAGGUUGACCUUCUUAAGGUCGAGGGCCCAAAAAGUGAUUCCGCAAAGACAUCCCCUGAGGGAAUGCAUGCUGUGGAGAGUGUGCAGCCAACAGCUGUACAGAAUGAGGCCCUGGCUCACAAAGGGGAGGUGGAGCCUGCGCAGCCCUUGCCUAAAAAACGGGAGGUUCUGAAAGGAAAAACAUCCUCCUCGCAGAGACAGUGGGAAGCACCGGCAGCCUCCGCGUCAGCAGCAGCCUCGGCCCAGCUCACCCCCCUCCCAAAGCAGGGGGAACCUCCCAGCAUUGCACAACACACGCCUGCUCCUGACACACAGCAGAGCUCAGAGAAGCAGAACAGGCUGUCCGAUAGCAAGGCCCCUGCACAGUCUAUCAUUACUGGACCUCUUCCUGCUGACGAGAAUACUUGCGACGCGCAAGAGAAGUCCGUAGACGACGCCAUGCGAAAAAAGAUCGUUGUGGUAGAAGAAGUGAUUGAAGUGCAACAGAUUGCAAGUCCUGUUGCAGACCAACCUGUUACACCCCUAGUGCCAGAGAUCACAGGAGAGGAUUUGGACUAUGAUGUCUUGGAAGAACUGGCCAUAGAGCGUGGCAUCCUGCAGGGUCCUCUUGAAGAGACUUGCUGGGAUCAUUCACUCCAAGACCCAGAGGGGAAAACCUUCCCCAACUUCAUAGAAGAUGAACGGGACAGAGUGCAGAAGAAGACUUUCACUAAAUGGGUGAACAAACACUUAAUAAAGCACCAGAGAGCCGAGACGCAGCGUCAUGUGAAUGACCUGUAUGAAGAUCUCCGAGAUGGACAUAACCUGAUCUCCCUUCUGGAAGUCCUCUCCGGAGAGACGCUGCCUCGUGAGAGAGGACGCAUGCGAUUCCACAAGCUGCAGAAUGUGCAGAUAGCACUGGAUUUCCUCAGACGGCGGCAGGUCAAGCUUGUGAACAUCAGGAACGAUGACAUUGCAGACGGAAACCCGAAGCUGACUCUGGGUCUGAUAUGGACCAUCAUCCUCCACUUCCAGGUCUCCUGUUCUAUUUCAGAUAUCCAGGUGAACGGUCAGUCAGAUGAUAUGUCAGCGAAGGAGAAGCUGCUCCUCUGGUCUCAGCGGAUGGCGGAUGGUUACUCCGGUGUCCGCUGCGAUAACUUCACCACUAGCUGGAGGGACGGAAAGCUCUUCAACGCUGUUAUACACAAACACGAGCCCAGGUUCAUUGACAUGGGGAAGGUGUACCGCCAAACCAACCUGGAGAACCUGGAGCAGGCCUUUUCAGUGGCAGAGCGAGAGCUUGGGGUCACACGACUGCUUGACCCAGAGGAUGUGGAUGUGCCUCAUCCUGAUGAGAAGUCCAUCAUCACCUAUGUGUCCUCUCUUUACGAUGCUAUGCCCCGUGUCCCAGAUGUCCAGGACGGCGUCAAAGCCAAUGAGCUGGAGCUGCGCUGGCAGGAGUAUUACGAGCUGGUCACCGUUCUUCUGCAGUGGAUCAGACAUCAAGCACACAUCUUCGAGGAGAAGAAGUUUCCCAGCAGCUAUGAAGAGAUCGAGAUUCUGUGGCGUCAGUUUCUGAAAUUUAAAGAAACAGAGCUUCCCGCAAAACAGUCGGACAAGAGCCGCUCCACACACCUCUACCAGUCCUUUGAGAGCGCGGUCCACGCCGGUCAGGUCAAGGUUCCUCCAGGUUAUCAUCCCACUGACGUGGAGAAGGAAUGGGGUCGUCUACAGGUGUCUAUUCUGGAGAGGGAGAGACUGCUCCGGAUAGAGUUGGAGAGGUUAGAGCGUCUCCAGCAGAUCGUCAGUAAAGUACAGACUGAAUCUGGCAUGUGUGAGGAACAGAUCAACCAGACUGAGUCUCUGCUGCAGACGGAUAUCCGUCUCCUGAGUGCUGGGAAACCAGCGCAGCACACGGCUGAGGUGGAGAGGGAUCUGGACAAAGCCGACGGCAUGAUCCGGCUCCUCUUCAACGACGUUCAGCUGCUCAAAGACGGGCGCCACCUGCAGGCAGAGCAGAUGUAUCGCAGGGUGUACCGCUUACACGAGCGCUUGGUGAACCUGCGCAGCGACUACAACCUGAGGCUCAAGCCCAGCGUCAGCACUGCCUCUCACGUCUCCAUCACACAGAUUUCCCAGAAGUCUGUGCAGCGUGCGCGGCCCGAGCUGGAUGAGGUCACCCUGCGUUACGCGCAGGAUCUGUUAUCCUGGGUGGAGGAGAACCAGCGGCGGAUCGAUACGGCCGAGUGGGGCAUCGAUCUUCCCUCUGUGGAGUCUCAGCUGGGCAGCCACAGAGGACUUCACCAAACCAUCGAGGACUUCAGGGCUAAGAUCGAGCGCGCACGAACAGAUGAGAGCCAGCUCUCGCCUGCAAGUAAAGGCACAUACAGAGACUAUCUGGGCAAACUGGAUCUGCAGUACAACAGACUGCUGAACUCCUCCAAGUCCCGUCUGAGAAACCUUGACCAGCUGUAUAACUUCGUCAGCGCCGCCACCAAGGAACUGAUGUGGCUCAAUGACAAAGAGGAAGAGGAGGUCAACUACGACUGGAGCGAGCGCAACACCAACAUGACUGCGAAGAAAGAGAACUACUCCGGACUCAUGCGAGAACUGGAACAUAGAGAGAAGAAAAUCAACGACAUCCAGGCCACUGGAGACAGACUGAUCAAAGACGGACAUCCGGGCAAGAAGACUGUCGAGGAGUUCAGUGCAGCUCUGCAGACGAAGUGGAGCUGGAUCCUCCAGGUGUGCUGUUGCAUUGAAACUCAUCUCAGAGAAAACACUGCAUACUUUCAGUUCUUCGCUGAUGUGAGAGAUGCUGAGCAGAGGAUGAAGAAGAUGCAGGAGACCAUGAAGAAGAAGUACACGUGUGACCGCAGCACCACUGCCACUCGUCUGGAGGAUCUACUGCAGGACGCCGUCGAGGAAAGAGAGCAGCUGAACGAGUUCAAGUCUGACAUCGCUGGCCUGACGAACAGAGCCAAGUCCAUCGUCCAGCUGAAGCCGCGGGACCCCACCAGCCCCUCCAGAGGAAAGCUGCCCGUCCAAGCUGUGUGUGACUUCAAACAGAUGGAGAUCACCAUGCACAAGGGCGACGAGUGCACGCUCAUCAAUAACUCCCAGCCCUUCAGGUGGAAGGUCCUGAACCGCUCGGGGAACGAGGCUGUGGUGCCCUCCAUCUGCUUCCUCGUGCCCCCCGUCAACAAGGAGGCUGUGGAGAGCGUGUCCAGUCUGGACGCCGGUCAGCAGCAGACUCAGGCUCUGUGGCAGAAGCUCCACGCUGACCUCAGGAGUCUGCUCUCCUGGCAGUAUCUGAUGAAAGACAUCCAUCUCAUCCGCUCCUGGAACAUCACCACGUUGAAGACGAUGAAGUCGGAUGAGUACCAGCUGAUGCUGAGGAACCUGCAGAUGCACUAUCAGGACUUCCUCAGAGACUCCCGGGACUCCAAGCUCUUCGACUCCAGCGAUAACCUGCAGGUGGAGAGGGACUACAAGGAGGCCGUACAGCAUUACGACAGCCUGCUGCGCUCCCUGGAGAAAGGCGAGCAGGAUGAAUCCAUAUGCAAGACGUACAUCACCCAAAUCAAAAGCCUGCGGCUGCAGAUCGAGGACUGUGAGUCUCGUACGGUGGCUCGUAUCCGGCAGCCUGUGGACAAAGACCCGCUCCGAGACUGCAUUCAGAAGACUGCGGAUCAGAGAAAAGUGCACACGGAGCUGGACGGCGUUAAGAAGAGCCUGGAGCGAGUGUCUGAGAAAGCUGAGGAGGUGCUGUCCUCUCCGCAGCAGUCCAGCUCUCCGGUCCUGCGCUCCGAGCUGGACAUCACCCUGCAGAAGAUGGACCAGACCUACAACCUGUCCUCGGUCUACCUGGAGAAACUUAAGACAAUAGAGAUCGUGAUCCGUAACACACAAGGGGCAGAAGAUGUGGUGAAGAAAUAUGAGAAUCGUCUGCGUGAGGUUCACACGGUCCCUACAAACGUCCAGGAGGUGGAGAACUACUGCUCUGAGCUCAAGCGGAUGCGUUCGGAGGCAGACACCCAGCGGCCCGUGUUUGAUGACAUGGAGAGUGAGCUGGCCAAGGCCACGGCGGUCAGCCAGCGCAUGCUUCAGGUUCACAGCGAGCGGGACGCCGAGCUGGAUCACUACCAGCAGCUCCUGGGCAGUCUUCAGGACCGCUGGCGCGCCGUCUUCGCUCAGAUCGACCUGCGGCAGCGUGAGCUCCAGCAGCUGGGCCGGCAGCUGGGCUACUACAGAGAGAGCUACGACUGGCUCAUCCGCUGGAUCGCAGACGCCAAACAGCGGCAGGAGAAGAUCCAGGCCGUGCCUAUAAUCGACAGCAAGACGCUCCAAGAGCAGCUGGCACAGGAGAAGAAACUGCUUGAAGAGAUUGAGAAAAACAAAGAGAAAGUGGAUGAGUGCCAGAAAUACGCCAAAGCGUACAUCGAUACCAUUAAGGACUAUGAACUUCAGUUGGUUGCCUACAAAGCUCAGGUCGAACCUCUGACUUCUCCUUUGAAGAAAACCAAGAUGGAGUCUGCCUCUGAUAACAUCAUUCAAGAGUAUGUCACUCUGAGAACUCGCUAUAGUGAAUUGAUGACGCUGACCAGUCAAUACAUCAAGUUCAUCACAGACAGUCAGCGGCGCAUCGAGGACGAGGAGAAAGCUGCUGAGAAACUAAAAGCAGAAGAGAGGAAAAAAAUGGCUGAGAUGCAGUCAGAGUUAGAGAAACAGAAGCAGCUAGCUGAAGCUCAUGCCAAGGCCAUUGCCAAAGCAGAGAAAGAGGCACAGGAGCUCAAGCUCAUGAUGCAAGAGGAGGUUAGCAAACGAGAGAUUGUUGCUGUGGAUGCUGAAAGGCAAAAACAGAACAUCCAGCUGGAGCUGCAUGAGCUCAAAAACCUCUCCGAACAACAGAUCAAAUCAAAGAGUCAACAAGUGGAGGAGGCUCUACUAAGCCGGUCCAAAAUAGAGGAAGAGAUCCGCAUCAUAAGACUUCAGCUGGAAACUACAUUAAAGCAAAAGUCCACUGCAGAGGACGAGCUCAGACAGCUAAGAGACAAGGCUGCAGAGGCGGAGACACUUCGCAAAGCUGCUCAGGAAGAGGCUGAGAAACUUCGUAAACAGGUUAAGGAUGAGACCCAGAAGAAGCGGAUGGCGGAGGAAGAGUUGAAGCUGAAGUCUGAAGCAGAGAAAGAGGCAGCCAGACAGAAGCAGAAAGCCCUGGAUGACCUUGCAAAGCUCAAGAUGCAGGCAGAGGAGGCAGAAAGACAAAUGAAGCAGGCUGAGAUCGAGAAAGACAGACAAAUCAAGCUCGCUCAAGACGUUGCUCAGAAAAGUGCUGCUGCUGAGCUGCAGAGCAAGCGCAUGUCCUUCGUCGAAAAGACAUCCAAACUUGAAGAGACGCUCCGAGAGAAGCAUGGUACUGUUGUGCAACUGCAGGAGGAGGCAGAACGCCUCAAGAAGCAACAGGAAGAGGCAGACAAAGCAAGGGAGGAGGCUGAGAAGGAGCUUGAAAAGUGGAGGCAAAAAGCCAAUGAAGCCCUUCGUCUAAGGCUCCAGGCAGAGGAAGAAGCCCACAAAAAGACUCUUGCACAGGAAGAUGCUGAAAAACAGAAAGAUGAGGCUGAGCGUGAGGCCAAAAAACGGGCCAAAGCUGAAGAGUCUGCCCUGAAACAGAAAGACAUGGCCGAGCAAGAGCUGGAGCGGCAAAGGAAGCUGGCAGAGAGCACAGCGCAACAGAAGCUUUCUGCAGAGCAGGAGCUGAUCCGCUUGAGGGCUGAUUUUGAUCAUGCUGAGCAACAGAGAUCACUGCUGGAUGGUGAACUUUACCGUCUAAAGAAUGAGAUUAGUGCUGCAGAGCAGCAGCGGAAGCAGCUUGAAGAUGAGCUUUCCAAAGUUAGAAGUGAAAUGGACAUACUUUUGCAGCUGAAGUCUAAAGCUGAGAAGGAGAGCAUGUCCACCACUGAAAAGAGUAAACAACUCUUGGAGGCUGAAGCUGCUAAACUGAGGGAUCUUGCAGACGAAGCAGCCAAGCUCCGUGCCAUUGCUGAAGAGGCAAAGAGACAGAGACAGGUUGCUGAGGAUGAAGCAGCGAGACAGAGAGCAGAAGCUGAAAGAAUUCUCAAAGAGAAACUUGCUGCCAUUAAUGAGGCCACUCGCUUGAAAACUGAAGCAGAGAUUGCUCUAAAAGAAAAAGAGGCAGAAAAUGAACGCCUGAGAAGGAAAGCCGAGGAUGAGGCUUACCAGAGAAAAGCUCUUGAAGAUCAGGCAAGUCAGCACAAGCAAGACAUUGAUCAGAAGAUCGAACAGCUCAAGAAGUCAUCUGAAAUGGAAUUAGACAGACAAAAAUCAAUUGUGGACGAAACUCUCAAACAGAAAAGAAUAGUUGAAGAGGAGAUUCGUAUCUUGAAAGUGAACUUUGAGAAGGCUUCAUCAGGCAAGCUUGAUUUGGAGCUUGAAUUGAAUAAGCUGAAGAAUAUUGCAGAGGAAACACAACAAAGCAAACUGCGAGCUGAGGAGGAAGCCGAGAAGCUGCGCAAGCUUGCCCUUGAGGAAGAAAACAGAAGAAGGGAGGCUGAAGAAAAACUUAAAAUAAUUACUGCCGCAGAGCAGGAAGCAGCUAGACAGCGCCAGGUUGCCCAAGAAGAAGUGGAGCGUCUCAAAAGGAAAGCUGACGAGGCCAGAAAGCAAAAAGAAGAUGCUGAUAAAGAAGCUGAUAGGCAAAUACUCGCUGCAAAAGAGGCUGCUGAGAAAGCAACUACAGCUGAGCAGCAAGUCCAAAGUGUUCUAGUUCAGCAGAAAGAGGACAGCCUUGUACAGAAAAGGCUCAAGGAGGAGUUUGAGAAAGCCAAAAGGCUUGCCCAAGAAGCUGAAAAGGCCAAAGAGAAGGCAGAGAAAGAGGCUGCCAUUCUCCGCCAACAAGCAGAAGAUGCAGAUCGUCAGCGUCAGGCUGCCGAGGUUGAGGCUGCCAAUCAGGCCAAAGCCCAAGAAGAUGCUGAGAGGCUCAGAAAAGAGGCAGAGCUAGAGGCAGAAAAGCGUGCUCAGGCAGAAGCAGCAGCACUGAAACAGAAACAGCUAGCUGAUGAGGAGAUGGCUAGGCAGAAGACACUUGCAGAGCAGACACUUAAGCAGAAAUCUCAGGUUGAGGAAGAGCUCGCUAAAGUGAAACUGCGGUUGGAUGAGACAGACAAACAGAAGACUCUCCUCGAUGAUGAGCUUCAUCGUCUAAAGGACGAAGUCAGUGAUGCUGUUAAACAGAAAGCCCAAGUAGAAGAGGAACUGUUCAAAGUCAAGAUUCAAAUGGAGGAGCUCAUCAAACUAAAGCUCAGAAUUGAAGAGGAGAACCAACGUCUCAUCCAGAAGGACAAAGAUAAUACUCAAAAACUCUUGGCUGAGGAGGCUGAGAACAUGAAAAAACUUGCAGAGGAUGCUGCCAGGCUCAGCAUUGAGGCACAGGAAACUGCUCGCUUGAGACAUAUUGCAGAGACUGACCUUGCUGAGCAAAGAGCACUUGCUGAAAAGAUGCUUAAAGAAAAGAUGCAAGCCAUUCAGGAGGCCUCUAAACUUAGAGCAGAGGCAGAAAUGCUACAGAGACAGAAAGACCUUGCCCAAGAGCAAGCUCAAAAGCUGCUUGAAGACAAACAACUGAUGCAACAACGUCUUGAGGAGGAAACUGAGGGCUUCCAAAAAUCGUUGGAGGCUGAGCGCAGAAGACAGAUGGAGAUAACAGCUGAGGCAGAGAAACUUAGACUUCAGGUGUCCCAGCUCAGUGAUGCCCAGACUAGAGCUGAGGAGGAAGCCAAGAAAUUCAAAAAGCAGGCAGAUGAGAUUAGUGCCCGACUUCAUGAGACUGAGCUUGCCACCAAAGAGAAACUGACAAUUGUUGAAACAUUGGAAGUACAGAGAUUGGGCAGUAACAAAGAAGCAGAUGACUUGCGCAAAGCCAUUGCUGAUCUUGAGAAAGAGAAGGCAAAAUUGAAAAAAGAGGCUGAAGAGUUACAGAAAAAGUCCAAAGAGAUGGCGAAUGCUCAGCAAGAACAAAUUAAACAGGAGAAAACAAUUCUCCAGCAGACAUUUAUGUCAGAAAAGGAGAUGCUCCUGAAGAAGGAAAAGCAAAUUGAGGAUGAAAAGAAGAAGUUGGAGAGCCAAUUUGAAGAAGAGGUCAAAAAGUCAAAAGCACUUAAGGAUGAGCAGGAACGUCAAAGAAAACAAAUGGAGGAUGAUAAGAUUAAACUGAAGGCCACUAUGGAUGCUGCUCUGAUAAAACAAAAAGAGGCUGAACAGGAGAUGCUCAACAAGCAGAAAGAGAUGCAAGAACUUGAAAGGAAAAGGCUUGAACAAGAAAGGGUUCUUGCUGAGGAAAACCAGAAACUGCGUGAGAAACUUCAGCAGCUUGAAGUUGCUCAAAAAAUCACCCAGGAGAUUCACAUCCAGACAGAAUGCAAAAAAGUCCUCAAUGGUCAAAGUAUUUCUGAUGAAGUUGACAGCACACAUGGCUUCUCUCCAUUAUCAUUUGAUGGCAUUCGUGAGAAGGUGCCUGCAAGUAGACUUUUUGAAACAGGACUUUUAAGCAAAAUGGAUUAUGAUAAGCUCCAGAGUGGUGACACCACAGUUGAAGAACUCAGUAAGACAGACAAACUUAAAACAGUUCUUCAGGGCAAGAACUGCAUUGGUGGCCUGCUUGUGCAUCCAAAUCAAAAAAUGCCCAUCUAUCAAGCUGUCAAGGAGAAAAAGAUUGCUCCUGGGACAGGGCUAGUGCUGCUGGAAGCACAGGCUGCUUCUGGAUACAUAAUAGACCCAAUUAAAAACAAAACACUCUCUGUCAAUGAGGCAGUUAAAGAGGGUCUAAUUGGACCUGAACUUCAUAACAAGAUGCUGUCUGCAGAGAGAGCUGUCACUGGCUACAAAGAUCCAUACACAGAGGCAAAGAUCUCCCUCUUUGAAGCUAUGAAGAAGGGUCUCAUUGGGGAGGAUCAUGCCAUCAGGUUGCUUGAGGCUCAGAUAGCAACAGGUGGCAUUAUUGAUCCAGUCAAUAGUCAUCGUGUGCCUAAUGAAAUAGCUUAUAAGCAGGGACAGUUUGAUGCAGCCACUUAUAAAAUAAUACAGAAUCCAACAGAUGAUGUCAAGGGAUUCUAUGAUCCAAACACCCAAGAAAAUCUGUUGUACCGACAGCUAAUAGAAAGGUGUGUCACUGAUCCAGGAACAGGACUUCUACUUUUGCCCAUUUCUGAGGAGGCUGCUCAAAAUGCCAGGAUAUUCACAGAUGAGGAAACAAGAGAUGUGUUUGACAAGACAACAGUGUCUGUGCCAUUCGGCCGUUUUAAAGGAAAGACUGUGACCAUAUGGGAGAUUAUAAACUCUGAGUACUUCACAGAAGACCAGAAAAAAGAUCUUAUCCGCCAGUACAAAACAGGGAAAAUUACAGUUGAAAAGAUAAUCAAAAUUGUUCUAACUGUGGCAGAGGAAAAAGAGAAAAAGAAUGAGCUUGCCUUUGAUGGCCUGAGAGCACCUGUACCUGCUUCAAAACUUCUUGAAUCAAAAGUUAUUGACAAAGAUCUCUAUAACAAGUUGCAGAAAGGACAAAUUCUGGUAAAAGAUGUGUCUGAGAUGGAGCAUGUGCGCAAUGCUUUGAAAGGCUCUAACUGCAUUGCUGGAGUAAUUAUAGACUCAACCAAACAAACAAUGUCCCUUUAUGAUGCCCUGAAAAGAGACAUGAUGAGACAUGGACCUGCUCUUAAUCUCUUGGAAGCACAAGCUGCCACGGGAUAUAUCAUAGAUCCUGUUAAAAACCAAAAACUUACAGUAGAUGAGGCUGUCAAAGCAGGGGUUGUUGGUCCAGAACUUCAUGAAAAACUACUGUCUGCAGAGAGAGCUGUCACUGGCUAUAAAGAUCCUUACACUGGAAAAACCAUUUCUCUGUUUGAGGCUAUGAAGAAAGACCUGAUCAUGAAGGAACAAGGAAUUCGACUGCUUGAUGCACAACUGGCAACAGGAGGCAUUAUUGAUCCUGUUCAAAGUCACCGUAUUCCACAUGACAUUGCCUGUGCAAAGGCCUGCUUUGAUGAUGCAACCCAGAAGUUUUUGAGUAGCCCAAGUGAUGAAGUUAAGGGAUACUUUGACCCAAACACUCAGGAAUAUCUCACAUAUCUACAGCUUUACAAACGAUGUGUUACUGACAAAAAGACUGGCCUUCACCUUCUGCCUUUGUCUGAACAAGCUAUCAAUGCCAAAGAGGAGAUGAAGUACACUGAUGCCCAGACCAAAGACGCAAUGAAUCAGGCAACUGUUGAACUUCAGAGUGGACCAUUCAAAGGGAGAAAAGUUACCUUAUGGGAGCUCAUUUACUCUGACUAUAUCACUGAAGAGCAAAGGCUUGACUUAAUAAGGCAAUACAGAUCUGGGAAAAUGACCAUUGAGAAGAUUAUAAAGGUUUUAAUUGAAAUUGUUACUAAGAAAGAUGCAAAGAAACAAGAAGAGGGAUGCUUUAAGGGACUCAGGGCACCAGUUACAGCCAAGUCAUUAUUUGACUCUAAAAUCAUUGAUAAGUCUACCUAUGAUUUGCUGGAACAAGGUAAAAACACUCCAAAAGAGGUCAGCAAAAAUGCUUCAGUCAAUAAGUAUCUCCAAGGCUCUGAAAGCAUUGCUGGACUUUACCUUGAGCCUACAAAAGAGAAAGUUAGCAUCUACCAAGCAAUGAAAAUGAAAUUCCUCAGACAGAACACAGGUAUUGCCUUGCUUGAAGCUCAAGCUGCCACAGGAUUUAUUGUGGAUCCAUCAAGAAAUGAAUGUCUCACUGUGGAUGAUGCUGUUAAAGCAGGACUUGUUGGCCCAGAGCUUCAUGAGAAACUUCUUUCUGCUGAAAAAGCUGUCACUGGAUAUAAAGACCCAUUCACAGGCAAUAAGAUCUCCCUAUAUCAAGCCAUGGACAAGGACCUCAUCCCCAAAGAACAUGCUAUGCCUCUCUUGGAGGCACAACUGGCAUCUGGUGGAAUUAUUGAUCCAGUAAACAGCCAUCGUAUUCCUGUUGAGACUGCAAUCCAGCGUAGAUAUGUUACCAAACAGCUGGCCAGCAGCAUUGCUGAAAGCAAGUACUUCUCUGACCCUGCAUCUGAUGAGAACGUAUCAUACAAACAGUUGAAAGACAAGUGCAUGGCAGAUCCUGAAACAGGCUUACAUCUACUAAAGCUGUCCAAACCACAGGCCCCAACGGUUGUGGAGAAAACAUACCUUUACAGUGAAGAACAAACCCAGAGUGAUCUAUCCAAUACCCAGAUUGACCUACCCAUUGAGAGUCAGGGCUCUAUGUCUCUCUGGGAUGUUAUGAAUUCAAAUCUACUACCUGAAGAUCAGAGGGCUCGGCUUCUAGAAGAAUAUCGUUCUGGCAACAUAACAAAGGAACGAAUGAUUAUCAUUAUAAUUGAGAUUCUGGAGCAGAGAGAAAUCAUUACAGGGAGGAGCACCCAGACCAGCAGCACAAGCAGACGUCAAAUAACUAUUGAAGAUCUCUACAAUGCCCGUAUCAUCGACCUUGAGACUUACAACCUGCUGAAGAAAGAGAAUAAGACCAUGCGUGAUGUCAUGGAGAUGCAAAGAGUCAAGCAAUAUUUGUAUGGAACUGGCUGUGUUGCUGGUGUGGUGACUGAUUCAAAUUCCAAGAUGAGCAUUUAUCAAGCAAUGAAGAGAGAGCUGAUGAAGCAAGACAUUGCAAUGGCCCUCUUGGAAGCUCAAGCAGCCACUGGAUUCAUUAUUGAUCCUGUCAGGAAUGAAAUGCUCACCGUAGAUGAAGCAGUGCGUAAAGGCGUGGUGGGCCCAGAACUUCAUGAUAAGCUCCUGUCUGCAGAGAGAGCAGUCACUGGCUAUAAGGAUCCAUAUAGUGGAAAGGUAAUCUCCCUCUUUCAAGCAAUGAAAAAGGAUCUUAUCCCAGAGGACUAUGCCCUAAGGCUUCUUGAAGCUCAAACAGCAACAGGCGGUAUCAUUGAUCCAGAAUAUAACUUCCAUUUGCCAACAGAGAUUGCCACACAACGUGGAUAUAUUAAUAAAGAGACAAAUGAAAAGAUCUCCGAUGAGUUUAAGGGAUUCGUAGACCCACUGAAUGAUGAAAAAGUUUCAUAUUCUCAGCUCCUGAAAAGAUGCAAGAUAGACAAAGAUGGGCAAUAUCUGUUGUCUCUAGGAGCCAAAAGAUUGCUCUUCAAAGGACUCAGAAAAGAAAUAACAAUAGAAGAGUUAUUCCGCUCAAAAAUCAUUGAUGAACAAACAGUCAGCAAGCUUAAUGAAGGACUCCUAACAGUGGAGGAGGUGAGCAAUAGCUUGCGAGAAUAUCUUGAGGGCUCAAGCUGUAUUGCCGGCGUGUUUGUGGAGUCUACUAAAGACAGACUAUCUAUCUACCAAGCCAUGAAAAAGAAUAUGAUCAGACCAGGCACUGCUUUUGAGUUGCUGGAAGCUCAAGCAGCUACAGGUUAUAUCAUUGACCCUAUCAAGAACCUAAAGUUAACUGUAAAUGAAGCAGUCAAGAUGGGAAUUGUCGGUCCAGAGUUCAAAGAUAAACUCCUGUCUGCUGAGAGGGCUGUGACUGGCUAUAGAGAUCCUUAUACAGGCAAAAUGAUCUCCCUGUUCCAGGCUAUGAAAAAGGGCCUGAUUUUGAGAGACCAUGGAAUUCGUCUUCUCGAAGCCCAGAUUGCUACUGGAGGAAUCAUUGACCCAGAGCAGAGUCAUCGAUUGCCAGUUGAAGUUGCCUACAACCGAGGCUUUUUCGAUGAGGAGAUGAAUGAGAUCCUCAGUGACCCAUCGGAUGACACCAAGGGCUUCUUUGACCCAAACACAGAGGAGAAUCUCACCUACUUGCAACUGAUGGACAGGUGUAUUGUCGACCCAGACACAGGUCUUGUGCUCUUGCUUCUUAAAGAAAAGAAACGCGAAAGAAAGACGUCUUCCAAAUCCUCUGUUCGCAAACGCAGAGUCGUCAUUGUUGAUCCUGAUUCUGGCAAAGAGAUGUCUGUGUAUGAAGCCUACCGCAAUGGACUAAUUGACCAUCAGACUUACCUUGAGCUUUCAGAGCAAGAGUGUGAGUGGGAAGAAAUCACAAUGACAUCAUCAGAAGGAGUUGAAAAGUCUAUACUCAUCGACCGAAGAUCAGGCCGACAGUAUGACAUUGAUGAUGCUAUUGCAAGAGGUCUUAUCGACCAGAGUGCAAUUGAGCAGUACCGUGCUGGCACCCUCUCUAUCACAGAAUUUGCUGAUAUGUUAUCUGGAAACAUGAGUGGCUUCCGUUCCCGCUCCUCUUCCUUUGGUUCCACCUCUUCUUAUCCAAUGAGCCCCAUACCUUCCAUCAAAACUCCUGCAACUGUAUGGAAUGAUCCAACUGAUGAGACCGGUCCUGUGGCUGGAAUUCUUGAUACAGAUAGCCUAGAAAAAGUUUCAGUCACUGAAGCCAUACGUAGGAACUUAGUGGAUUCAAUAUCUGGCCAGAGACUGUUGGAGGCACAGGCUUGCACUGGUGGCAUAAUAGACCCAUCUACUGGAGAGAAAUUCUCAGUUACUGAAGCCACAGAGAAGGGUCUUAUAGAAAAGAAAAUGGUUGACAGACUCAACUUGGCCCAGAAAGCUUUCCAUGGGUUUGAGGAUCCUCGCACUAAAGUCAGAAUGUCUGCUGCUCAGGCUCUUAAGAAAGGCUGGCUUUACUAUGAGGCAGGGCAACGUUUCCUGGAAGUGCAGUAUCUCACUGGUGGCCUUAUUGAGCCAGAGGCUGAGGGACGAAUCUCCCUAGAAGAGGCAAUCAGGAAAGGUGUAAUUGAUGGCCGUACAGCACAAAAGCUCAGAGAUGUGAGUGCUUACACAAAAUACCUUACUUGCCCGAAAACCAAACUGAAGAUCUCCUACAAAGAUGCCAUGGACAGAAGCAUGGUUGAGGAGGGAUCUGGCCUUAGGCUUCUGGAAGCUUCAUCAGUAUCCAGUAAAGGUCUUUACAGUCCCUACAAUGUCAGCGGUGCUGCAUCAGCUUCUGGUUCUCGUUCUGGAUCCAGAACAGGCUCUAGGUCAGGUUCAAGAAGAGGGAGUGUUGAUGCUACUGGCUCUGGAUUUAGCAUGAACUUCUCCUCAUCCUCAUAUACUUCUUCUAGUUACAGUCGCAGAUUUUAAAGACGGACCUCACAACAAACCUGCCACUUGGUCCUGCAGCUUUCAUUAUUAAUGCUGACUCUAUACACUACAGUUGCAUAAGACACAGAAAUUAAUUCAAGAAAAAAAAAUCAACUUAUUCUGCUUUGCAUGUGUUUGCUAUAGGAAAAUGCAUUCCAAAAACUACCAUUAUCUUUUUGUCUGGCAAUGGUUAAGUUCCCAUUUUAUUUAUUUUGGAUGCAUAAGAAGUAUUGCCUGGUUAGCUUUAAUCAUAGUAGUCCAAUUUAGCUUUAUUUCAGUUCAUACAGAUAAUGCAUAUUUUGAAAGUGAUAUUUUUCUUUUUUCUUUUCUUAUUUUAUACUAAGUACAGCAUCUAAAAAGGAAAAGUUCAAAUACGGCAUUUUUUAUUUUAUUUUAUUUUAUUUUUUAUCAAACUCUGAUCAGACUGUAAUAUUACUUUAAUAUUACUUACAUUUACAUUUCUACAUGUUACUUUAGGAAAUAAUUUUUAUACUUGGGUUUAUUUAAGCAUAAUGUACCAGAAGAAAUAUACCAAGUUUUACAAAAAGAAAAGUAAUUAGAUUCACUUUUUUUUUUUACAAUUAUUUUUUUACAUAUUUGUAUACAUUUGAUUGAUGGAUAUAUUAGAGGAUGCUAGCCAUCAUAUCAAAUAUAGGUUGCCGCUGGUUUCACAGAAUGUAAAAAAAAAAAAAAAACACUACACCUAUACAUAAACAUAUAUAAACACUAAAGGAGGAGCAAGGACUGUACAACAAUCCAAUUUAAUGUCCCCUAAAACUGGAUGAUAUUUUUGUUUUGAAAGUCCAUUUUUCAUUUACUGGAUCCAGUCCAGUCCGUCUCCAAAGUCCUUUUCAAAACUGUCUACCCUAUAAAGGAGUCCUCAAGGCCCAGAUUUACUGUCAGUCCUCCACUGAUGUGAUAUCCAGUGAAGAUUUCAAAUGGCUCUGGUGUCAGAUCCAUUCCUCACUCAUAACAUCUGGGCAGAUCUGGAUGAAAUGUAGUACUUAGAUCAUUGGUUACUAGAUAUGGAGAUGCCUCCCAUUUGGUCUUUGAUCUGGAGAUGAAUGAUGCUCAUCAGCAGCCCACAUUCUUAGACAUUCUGAUUUAUUUUUUUGUUAUUUUUAGAGCCUCACUGAGGGUUUCCUCCUUCCAUUGCUUCUGCCAUUUGCAUGAAGACACUAGAGGCUAGGGCUACCUUGAAGUUUGCCUUGGAUAUCAUUUCAAGAACUGACACUUUAGUGGACUGCUCCUGUUUUCAUCAGCUGGGAGCUGGACUUUGGAGUUUACACAAAAUGAUUCAAAAUGACAAAAGAAUUGGAUCCAUUAAAUUGAUAUUAAAGUGGACUUAUAUGUAGAAUCUCAGAGUUCUAUUGCCUACAUUGUUUCUAGCCCCAACAUGAGUUUUUAAAUAAAGCACUCAAUGCAUUAGAUACAGUAUCCAAACCAUUGUAUUUAAUUACACAUUUCCAUAAUACAAAUAAAUACUGAUUACAUCUUUUAAUGAAUGUAUUUAGGCUAAUUUAGUGUACGGCAAUUACAUUUUUGUUCUUUUUUUUUUUUUUUUUUUUACAUUUCCUGUAACAAAAAACAAACAAACAUGUUUUGGUCAUCUGUUGCAUCCCAUGUAUUUCUUUGCUUCUUUUUAUAUUAAUUGGACUUGACUUGACUUGACUUUUUUUUUUUUGAUGUUGUUUAUGUAAAAUAUUUGAUGCAUGUUUUACUAAAUUGCUAUAAAGUGUUCUAAGAAGAUGAAGAAUAGAUUUUUGAAUUGAAACCAAUAUAUGGAAGAUUAUAUGACUAAAAGAUGUAUGAAAUACUAACUGGUGGAUGAACUUUUUCCUUGUGAGAUAGUGGUAAUACAGAAUGGGUUAAUGACACUAUACUCAAGUGUAAAUAAAUAUUAUUUUGGAAAGAUCA